UUGUUAGCACUUAUAUUUCAAAUUCCUCCAAUUUAAUUUGUCCUGCAUGCACCAUCAGACUUCCUGUUUCCUAAGUGAAGUUUCGAAGUUUCGCUGGAUCACAGCUAGACUCACUAUGUAUGUUUGUUGACCCUAUUCUGUUGGGCAGAGGAUCGAAGUGCUGUUACCUGUGUCUCAUUAAAGCGGCCUGUGGUCUCUGUUUCAUUUCCCCCUGCAGCAGAUGGAUCACUCCUUUGAGAUGGGGCUUCCUCCUCUUUCUCUGAAGCAGAAUCACAGGUGUGGUGGGGGGUGAUGCUGCCUGAAGGUGACAUCCUGUCCUCUCUUCUUGUGUUCUCUCCCUCACUGUCUUGGCCUUCUGGUUUGAUCUUGCUCUUCUACCUAGUUUUUUAUGGGUUCUUGGCUGCACUCUUCUCAUUCACAAUGUGGGUAAUGCUUCAGACUCUGAACGAUGAGGUUCCAAAAUAUCGUGACCAGAUUCCUAGUCCAGGACUUAUGGUUUUCCCAAAACCAGUGACUGCGUUGGAUUAUACAUUUAGUGUAUCAGAUCCAAGUUCCUAUGAAGGGUACGUUAAAGACCUUAAGAAGUUUCUAAAAUCAUAUUCUGGAGAAGAACAGAGUAAUCUCAAAGUCUGUCCUGAUGGAGUUCCUUUUGAACAGAAGGGUCCAGUUUAUACUGCAUGUCAGUUUCCUCUUGCCUUACUCCAAGAAUGCAAUGGUAUAGAUGAUCCUGAUUUUGGCUAUUCCAAAGGAAAACCUUGUAUUCUUGUAAAAAUGAACAGAAUAAUUGGAUUAAAACCUGAAGGAGAUCCAAGGAUAGAAUGUGUUCCAAAGGAUGGAAGCACAGCAAUUGUAGAAACAUAUCCUAAUCUUGGAGUUAUAGACUUAAAGUAUUUUCCAUAUUAUGGGAAAAAACUGCAUGUGGGAUAUCUGCAGCCAUUAGUUGCUGUCCAGGUCAUCUUGGGAUCUAAUAGUACCAGGAAUGAAGUAACAGUUGAGUGCAAAAUUGAUGGAUCACCCAACCUAAAAAACCAGAAUGAUCGUGACAAGUUUUUGGGACAAGUUGUGUUCAAAAUUAUAGCACUUGCAUAGUAUGUGUAGGAUGUCUCCACAGAAUAAAUGUUGUGUUGUCUGUCUUCAUUAUGCAUCAGCUGGACCUGCCAUUCUAGAAUUGAGACCACCUUGGAGAAGGUGUGUGGUACAUGACACUGGGGUGACAUCAUAACGUGCUUCCAGAUCAUAGUGUUCAGUGUCCUCUGAAGUAACUGCCUGUUGCCUCUGCUGCCCUUUGAACCAGUCCAUUCGCCUGAUAGGGACCAGUGAACACCUGAUUCUGAACACGUAGGAUGGGGUCUUGCCCUCUUUUUAUGUGGUUUAAUUGCCAAGUGUCUAAAGCUUAAUGUGCUGUGCUAUGUAAAUAUUUUAUGGAUUUAACACUGGUUAACUGUCAUAUUUUGAUGCCAACAAAGUUUUAGGGAUAAAAUGGUACCUGGCCAACAUCAAGUGACUUUAUAGCUGCAAGCAGUGUGUGUGGAGAAGUUCUGUAUGUGAGGAGGAAAAAAAGAAAAUAAAAGUGGAUCUAAAAGUGUUAUCUUGGA